GAUGAGUUACAAUCCGUUUGUUACAUCCCUAGUUUAAAGCGAAAUAUAAAGAUUUUCGUCAAUACUUAUAAAAUAAUAAAAAUAGUGGUAUAAAUUAUUCAUUGCAUAUUUGGGCGAAACAGUUUAAUAGUUAAUUUAGUUUACACAAACUCUAUAUACACAUUAAACAAUGACGUUCAUACCGAAUUGGGAGGAAUUUGAGAAAUCUGCUGAAUUGUUAUAUUUACGUGAUCCAAUAAACACACGUUAUACAAUUAAAUAUUGCCAUUUAAAAGGAGCUUUUGUAGUUAAAAUAACUGACAAUAAAAAGUGUCUCCAAUAUAAAACUGAGAUUCAACAAGAUGUUAGAAAAAUUGAUAAUUUCAUAACUAAUCUAAUAAGACAUAUGGCAUCUAAUGAGGUUUAAAUAAAUAUUUUAUUGUUA